GAAGCGGAGCGGGCACGACGGGCGCAUCGCUUCCGUUUUUUUUUCUCCCCCUUCCGCCGAGAAAAGAAUCAUCGUUGGAGAGAAAGAACCGGAGCCGUGCUCGUCUCAGCACCUCCAGAGGAACCCCGGUCUGGCAUGGGCGACAAGCGGAGUCCCACAAGGCCGAAGCGUCAACCGAAGCCCUCCGACGAGGGGUUUUGGGACUGCAGCGUGUGCACGUACAAGAACACGGCCGAGGCUUUCAAGUGCAUGAUGUGUGAUGUGAGGAAGGGGACUUCAACAAGGAAGCCUCGUCCCGUCUCUCAGCUCGUCUCACAGCAGCAGGUAACGCAGCAGUUUGUGUUGCCCUCGCAGCCCAAAAAGGAAAAGAAGGAGAAGGUAGAGAAGGAGAAGACCGACAAGGAGCCGGCGCUUAAGAAGAACAGUCACAAGAAGAUGAGGCCUAGAUUGAAAAACAUCGACAGGAGCAGCGCCCAGCACCUGGAGGUGACGGUUGGGGACCUGACGGUCAUCAUUACAGACUUUAAGGAGAAGGUCAAGCCCUCGCCCACCUCAGCCACGUCCUCCAGCGCCGCGUCAUCAGUGGUGGACCACCACAGCCAGAACGGCUCCAGCUCGGAAAACACAGAGAAGGGGCUUUCUCGCUCCUCCUCACCCAGGGGAGAGGGGAGCUCAGUCAACGGAGAGUCCCAUUGAGUCCCACCACCCCCCACCUCAAAUCCUCAUCCACCUCCAGCGAAAUCUCAUCUGCAAGUCACUGGAAGGGAAUCCUACUUUUACUUUAGAGCUGCACACUUUAUCAUUUACUUUUUGCUGGAAUUGUGACUCCCAGUAUUUGUCAGAGCAAGGUGCCAACCCGUCAGAUUUGGCAAAUUCUCCACGUUUAGAAAGUGACCUAGAAACCCUUAGCGCAUCUAGGAUGAUGCAGUAGACUACAUAAAAAAAAAAUGGACAAAGGACAGUGUGAUGGACCUUUGCAUUUUUCAUCCUCUAUGGUUCCCUUCAGAUGCACCGGCCUCUCAAGUUUUCCAAUAUUUUUACUGAACAAAAUGUGCAGCCUCCACCUCGGUAUUGUGCUCAGUGGCCGGCAGAGUGACCUAUUCUUCCCCCAUGUGGAAUGGAAUUCUCAGCCACUGCCUGGAUUCUCUACCUACCUUGUCAACCUGAACCGUCUCGUUCCCCAGUGUCCUCACACUGAACUCUCAAUGUGACAGCGAACAUUUGCUCCUGAUCUUGACGCUCCAAGCUUUGACUUCAGGACUGCGUCUGCUGAAGAGGGACUUCUGACACAGCAGAGUGGCCACACUGGUGGAACCGUUUGUUGAUUUCCAUAAUGUUCGGAGCAAGGUUGUUUCGUUCAGUGAUGCUCAACAUGUCCUCACAAUGGCACCUGGCAGAGAAUGUACAGCACAUGAUUUCAAAAGGGUAAUACCGGUGUUAAGUUUGUUUUUUAAAUUUGCGCACGAGUCAAUUUGAGAGUAAUUUUUCUUUUAUCUUAGCGGCCUUUCAUUUUAUUCAUUUUGUAAACACCCACUAACAAACCUGCAUUAAACCUACAGUGCAAAACUUUUAUCUCCCCCUUCUGGCAGUGAAAGUAAUGACAUAAACAUCGUUGACGCAAACAUAAUGUCCUAGGCACACCAAUAGUUUCUUUCUUUCAUUUCUGUUUUUAACCAGAGUAUCAGAAACUCAAUAGGUUUACGCUAUAGUUGUUAAAGCCAACUCCCGCCUUUUAGGUUCGGGCCAACCCAAUCAUUGCUAGCAUUCUCUGGUGUACAAUGAUAUACGGUGAGAUUUACCUGGCACUGGUAGACUUAAUCAGCUCAUAGUUUACUUGUUUCACAACGGCUUGAAUGUAAAGACUGCUUUUUCUAUUCGCAAGUCCAGUGCUCCAGCUUUAAGUGAUCAUUUUGAUAUAAAACACUUGUAAUUUUGUAAGAAAUUUGAAAAGUUGAUUAUAGAGAACUCUCUGGUGAUGUAGCCUUUCAAUCAUUGUCUUGUUUUUCUCACUGAUCCUCCCUGUCAAGCAACAGUUCAGAUCGAGAGCCUAGCUCUCAUGCAGCAGGAUUAGUUCUAACCAGCUACUUGAUAACUAACAGCUAUAAACAUAGUUCAAAAAAGUUGAUGCUAUGCUACCUAGCAAGCAUGAAACAGAAAUUAGCAAGUUGCUAUUGAUGAAGUCUUUAACAGCAACUAAAUAACCAAUUACUCCAAACAUAUUUAAGAAGCUGUUAUGCUACCUAGAUAGAAUGAAACUGUAUACGUUUAAAGUUAACGAGAAGCUUGCAAAGAAAUUUACUAACUCGCUACAAAAAAAAAUGAAGUCAGGUGAAAAUAGGACGCAAGUUGUUCAAAUGGGCAGACACAUCCAUCUUAAGUGUUACUAAUGUAAACAGCUGCCUGCUAGACAGAUGGGAACAGGCAGAAGAAAGCAAAACAUUAGCUAUAACAGCUUAAGUCCAUAAUAUCUCAGGACUGUGUUCCAUGAAGUGAAGUUAAUUUUCUGCCCUCUAGCUGUCAAACACCAAACUCACAACUCACUGCAGCUUUUACAAUCAUCCAAGUUUUGUAACUCAUCACUGUCGGCGUUAAACAUCUGCAGACGUACAGGAGAGAAACCAACAAACCAUUUAAAAUAAUCCAGAAUAGAAAGUCUUUAACGGCAAAGAUGGCAGUCGUAAAAUUCAUAAAGCCAGUCGUCUGCUUUCUUACAUCUGAGCGCGGAAACGCAUUAAACCAAUCGUGUUGCACUGACCUCAGCCCACAUUUUGGGUCCGCAACUGUUUGAACUGCUGUUGCGGCAGAUGCAGUCGGUUGUAGAAAGAAUAUAAGGCACCGGGGAUUGACUCGUGGUAGAAGUUGGUGCAUCGAAACCUUGCCCUUGCGUCACAGAACUGUUACUGAAGGGGGAAAAGUGUCCAAAACUUUUUUUUAUUUCCGGGACAAGUCAAUAUAUUCUCAACAUGCAGGUUUUUAUGCCCCAGGGUCCAUUGAAAGUGCAGUUAUGGCCGUCUUUUAUCAUUUGGAUAGGGGGCCUGGUCUUGUUAGCCUGAAAUAAUUACCCUUGGGCAUUGCCAAGAUGGCUUCUAUGUGAGACUUAUUGGUCAUUCUUUUCUCUUGUGACAUUGAAAAUACAUAAUUUGCUAAACUGGUUACCAAUCCUUAAUUUUUAAGUGGUACACCGUGGUAACUGUCAAUUACAUGACUUCCCAUAAAACGUUAUAUCGAGGUAGUCACGAUGACAUUUUUUGAAGCCUCGAUGAUCUAAUUUGCGCUUUUAUUUUCUUCAACAAGAGCCAGUUUCAAACCAGGUUUAUCAGAGUGAAGUUUGUUUCAGAGACAUGAAAGAAACAGUCGUCAGCAAACUGGAAGAUGACAAAAAGGCACUUUGGCCGUACAUGACGCCGGUAUUCUCCUUUUAAUCUCUGCUGCACCUGUUCAGGGUCCGAGUGGAGAACCAGUGGGUGCUCACACUGUUCUGCUGCCAUACAGGACCCAGCUUGGACAAGGCAGGACUAAAACUGGGGAGUUUGGACUUCUGGACACAUUUAUGAGCCGGAUCCGGGGACAUCCUGCGGUGCGAUGGGACUCAAGAAGCCGUUUGAAUCCUCCAUUUUGACGAAAGACAAAGUGAAGAAACUUUAUAGAGUAUACUAAACUCCCAGCAGAACAAUUAUAGAUCAAGCUAACUACACAUUAACUUAUAAAAAACCUGUAGAAUAAGUACACAGAUAAAAGUGGAUAUUUCUAAAAAAAAUAUUGUACUACAAUGUCUUGACGUGGCUUUAUUAUCCAUCAUAUCAGUGUUAUGUCAAUAUUUUUUUCCUUUUAAACAUUUUAGCACACAUUCUGAGAUCUGUCACAGCAUGAUAAUAUUACGGUCUCGGUAUAUUGUGGGACGGGUUAUGUCUCUUAGUUCGUUAGUAUCUUUUUUGAUUGUCGGAGAUGUGCUCUCGCAGGUUCACUGCACUAGCUGGGACUAGGUGUGUGGACUCGUGGGAAUUUGUUCGGACAUACGUUUGUUAUUUGGUUGUUACAAAAGUGGAAGACACUUAAAAAUGUGUUGUGUCACUUGUUGAUAUUGUUUUCUGUUUGUUUUGUUUUGUCAUGCUCAGUGUGUGAACUUGUUUAUUACAUGUCUGAAUAAGAAAAGUCGAAACCAA